AUGACUCCCGUUGAAGAAGCCGGUGCAAGGAGAGAACCUGGAACCAUGCAUGCCUUCAUCAACUCGUCCGCCGCUUGGCUGAACGUGCACAUCAAGUCGUUCAUCCGGCAGCAUGCCCCGGACGCUGUCUUCAUUGACGACUUUGACGAGUUCCCCGUCGGCGUGGACACCGUCUUCCAGUACUGCGACGGAUGGGCUUUGACGCAGAAUUUCGCCGCCAUCAACGUGGCCAAGACAGGGCUCAUCAAUGCGUAUCCCAACAGUGAUGCCCUCGCGCGGAAGGACUUCCUCGCCGCGGUCGUCGAGUACUGGGCCACCAAGCGACCAGACAGCAUCCUCCGGAAACAUGUCCCCCUCACCGUGCGGCUGACGCUUGACUACGCCGAGUACGUGGAUGACGCCCUGAUGGCGGCCGACGACCUCUCGCUGCUGCACUCGCUGGAGCAGAACGAGGCCAAGGAAGCGCAGCACCGGGAGUGGUGGAUCCUCAAGCCCGCGCUGGUCGACUGCGGCGCCGGGAUCCGGCUCUUCAGCACCAUCGAGAGCUCGCAAGUCACUUGGAACUUGCCGAGAACGAGACGGACGACGACGAAGAGGAAAGCGAGGAGAGCGAAGCAGGCGAAGCAGCAUCCGAGACCUCCAUCGAGAGCGAGAAGGAGAACAGCAAGGAAAACGGUCCCAUCUUCUCCCCCACGCUCACCACCCCCGGCCUGGAGGCCACAAUACGUCUUCAAAGCCGGCGGGCGCAUCCCAUCCGCCCAAAUGCGCGCCUUCGUCGCGCAGCGCUACAUCGUGGCGAUCCCGCCGCUGGAUGGGCGAAAGUGGCACGUGCGGUCGUACGCGCUGUCGCUGGGGCGGCUCAAGGUGCACGUGGCGCGCGAGAUGCUGGCGCUGCUGGCCGGCGAGGACUACCAGCCGCCCUGGGAGAACCCCAGCCUCAAGGCCUCGCUGACUAACACGGCGCUGCAGGACGAGGACGAGUUUGUGGAGCGCGAGUCGAUGCGCGACUUGGCGUCGAUGGAGGCAUGUUCUGAUCGUCCGAUGGAGACGCAUGUGUUUAUCAGAUUGUGCAUCACGGCGGAGCUGUUCGUGCGGCGGCACAUACGAUGGCCGAUAAGUUCACGACGCUGGAUAAGUGCUUGA